GUUCUCUUUUAUUUUUCCGAAUAACAACAAUAACAAAAAGAAAUUACACAAGAUUUAUCACAUCCUGCGAGUGAUCGUGCAUGAAUUUAAGCGCCAGCAGUAUAUUUAUUUAAAAUGUUUAUUUUCCAUAUGGAGUUUCUUUUAAUCAAUUUGAAACGAAUUAAUUAUCUGUGAACGGUGUAAAUAAUAAUUCGUAACAAAGAUGCAGUCGGAUGACGAAUUAUCUGAAAAUGAGGAAGAAAUGCUCGUAUAUGUUGAGUUUGAGGGGCUCACCGGUAGUGACAUGUUCAAUAAAGAAGAUCUUCAAUUGGAUAUGAUUGGAAUAGAUAGUGAGCAUCCUGUAAUGGAAAUCAAUGGGCGGUUUUACGAAGGCACUUACGAAGACGCCGUGGGCACUUACAUGUUUUUUGAGAAAGACGACAAUCCGAAGGUGGACGAUGAGGUGUUCGAUAAAGUGCCGUCUUUAAAAUAUUUCGCUAAAACGAGAAAGUUGCUUAAGAUGCAGAGGGUGUUUACAAAACCGAGAGUCGAGAUCCUUGGUGAUCUCGAACAUGACAGUUGCAUUCCAAAUACCGAGACGUUAUCACAGGCUGGAGUGCCUCCAAAGUAUCAGCAAGAAGCCAUGCAGUUUUGGAGUAAAGUACGUAAUGACAAACUAGAAGAAUUGAGCGCGUUCCUAGAGAAACAGAAAAUUAGAGAAGAGAAAAAGUCCAGAGGUAUUGCAUCGACUUCGGAGUCUGAUGAGGAAAACCCCGCUGUAGCGCGAGAAACCAAAGAGAAGUCAGAAGAGGCGUGAGAGAGAUGAAAAGUUGUGUGCGCACAUAACGUCUUCACCAGUCGAGAUCACCGGGCAAUUCGUCUGGGUACUCUCCCGUUAGGCAGGCGGU